GUCAACCGCCCGGAACCAAACAUUGCUAGUGCUGCUUUCGGUGAAAAUAGCCGAAAAUGAAUUGCAUUAAAAGCUUCCAGGGCUCUCGUGGCGUUUUGCUGUUGCGGACAUUCCGAAGGAUAGACCCCGUACGCACCGCGGUCGCCAGUUGUUACUCAACCAAACCGGCGCCAGCGGCACCGGUAGCGACGAACAGCAAACCAUCGCCAACAGCCGGUGCCGCCGCGGAGCGAAAAUCGAUCAUCCCGCCAAACUACCGACACGUGUACCGGGAGUUUCUGCCGGACCCGAAGCUCGAGUGGCGAAAUUCGUUGCGCGAAAAGCUUGAACGGCGCGACAUGCUCAGCCGGCGGGCCAACAUCGAUAUACCGGAGUUUUACGUGGGCUCCGUGCUCGCCGUGACGUCCUCCGAUCGUCACGCCGAAACCAAGACGGCCCGCUUCGUUGGCAUUUGCAUACUGCGCGAAAAGUGUGGCCUCCGGGCACGCUUCAUUCUGCGGAAUGUUAUCGACCACCAGGGCAUCGAGAUCAGCUACGAUCUGUACGAUCCGACGCUGCAGAAGAUCGAAGUGCUGCGGCUCGAGAAACGGCUGGACGACCAGCUGAUCUACCUGCGGGAUGCGCUCGACGAGUACAGCACGUUCGACGUCAACAUGGAGCCGGAAAUACUGCCCGACGGGGCACCGGUGCCGGUGAACGACGUGAAGGUGGUGCUCAAACCGCACCCAUGGUACGCGCGCUGGGAACGUCACGACCUGCGGGGGGUGGCCAACAUGGAGGAACACACGAACGAGCGGCGUCGGGUGAACGCGGCCCGGCUAGCGACUCCGUGGGAAAAGUACGACCUGAUGAAAGAGUAUCGCCGCUCGAUACCGGAGGAGGAACAGAAGGAAAUCUUUACCGAAAUCUACUCCACGCUUCACUCGCAGGAGCUGGCACAGAAGAAGAUGAAACGCAAGCGCAUCUUCGUGAAACCGACCAAACUGGCGUAGUUCUGUCGCAUCCGCGCCACGCCGAGCAAUAAAGUUAAUCCACACACCAGACGCACACAUUUUAGAAACUAAUUCUGGUUUAUUUCACCAUAUGCUCUAAACAGGGUUCAUGAAGACGAAUUCCCCCUCUCUCUCUCUCUUUCCGACGUGACCUCCGGCAAAAAGCUUAAAAUACGCGCCAUAGCAUAUGUACAAAACUUUCUAUUGCUCCCUUUCUCUGUCUUAAUUCACUUUAAUAAAAAAAUUCCCGUAAUGCGGAAACGGAAUCCCGGAA